AUUUUGGUUUUCUCUACCAUCCUUCACUUCAUUUUCUUCAAAUAGCAUAAUGAAAUCUUAAUCAAAAUCUAAAAAUUACAAAUAUAAAACUGAAAAAAGAAAAUUAACUCUUUUUGUCAGUCCCUAACUUCUUAAUUGGAAACUUACAAUAUAAAACAUAAUUAAAAACUAAAAAAUUAUUUAUUGGUUUAAGCGGUGGUUCAACCGGUAUCAGGUUUCGGGGUUAGUGGAUUUUCGAGGAUUUUUGCGGAUUUAUAAAUAUUGAAGUUUCCACAAAACCCAAACCAAAUUUUUUUUCUGGAUCACCAGGUUUACCGGUUCAACCGCAGAUCUGUGUCGGGUUUCAAAACACUGCGUAGAGCCAUUAUAAAAAAAAGAAAUCAAUAAUAUGCAAAACAAAAUUAGAAAAAGAAAAUCUAAAGUAGAUAAGGUCCAUCCUAUGAUUGUAUCUCUCUCAUAUAUGGAAAACGGAAUAACGGACCUAAGCAAAACAAUAUUAGGAAUUAAUCAAAUUAUUUAGUAUAUAUUACUGGUUAGAUAAAUAUAAAAAUCUUCAAAUUCACAAAGGGAAAAGGUUAUAUGCUCAAACGACACUUCGGGCCCUAUAUAAACAUCUCAGCGCCCUCUCGACUUCUAACCAAACAAACUUACAACUUCAUAUAUCUCUUCCAAACUUGCUUGGCCUGCUUAUUCUCAUUCCAAAUAAAGAAGAACAAAACAACGAUCAUGGCUUUGAUCAAGAACGAAUCCUUAUUUGCUUCUUUGAUGAUUUUUGUGGCACUCUUUGGAGUUGUAGUUGGAGGCACCGUUCACAAUGUCGGAGACUCAAAAGGAUGGACCAUGAUGGGCGUUGAUUACGAGGCAUGGGCUUCUUCAAGAACUUUUCAAGUCGGAGACUCUUUGGUCUUCGUAUACAACAAAGACUACCACGACGUCAAUAAAGUCACUCCCAACAAUUUCGAGCUGUGUGAACCAUCUAAUCCAUUAGAAAGAUACGAAACCGGGUCCGACACGGUCACUCUAACAAAACCAGGAGUCCACAACUUUAUAUGCGGAGUUCCUAGUCACUGCGACAUCGGACAAAAGCUUCAAAUAGUAGUGUUACCAGCCUCGUUGGGUCCUGUUGCAGCUCCUGUUCCUAGACCAGUCCGAUCACCAAGCUCAUUCUCGUCUCCUUCACCGUCUCCGUUGGCAGAUUCACCGGUUAAGAAUGGUCCAAGGUACCAGAUGGGGCCAGCACCAGCUCCACAUAGCACAGCCUCAGACUCUAGUGCGGGGAUGGGAUUCUACUCCCUAAUUUCUUUAUUUUCUCUUUUCAUCUUAGUUUGAUACACACGCAAAUUGUUGCCUUUUGGUUCUACUUCUUAAUGUUUAGUUUUUACCUUUGAGAAGUUUGAGUUGCCCUUAUCUUGUUUCUUCUUCUCUUUCAUUGAUUUGCAUUACUUAAAAUAAUAAAUUUAAUCAAUUUCGUUUUGAUCUCCGUUUGUGAACUUAAAUUAUAUACUUCUUGCACUCAAGGGCUUUUUUCAAUUUCUAACUUUGUAAAAUAAUAAAUAACAAUUUCCCUUAUAUCAAUCUAUAUGUAUUUCAUAUUUUCAUAAACGAAGAUUUACCAAAUAUGAUUCAAAACUUGAUUUUGAUUGCAAAAGUAUACCUAAACUUGAAUCAAAUGCAAAAGUAACUCAAAAGCCUUGUGAAAUUACAGUCAGUCCCUUAUGACCAAACAAAAAAACAG